CAGCCAAGAAAAUCCAUCCAUACGAAAGAAGGGAAAAGAAGGCGGUCGGGGACAAGCGUUGGAUCGCAGCGCGCGAAAGGCGAGGAACGAACGAGCGAGCGAGUCGAGCGGUUGAUUGAGACAUCGACGGAGCAGCUGUGACAGUUAUCUGAUUCAUGGACAUGCCGAGUAUAUUUUAUGCCGUACGACCUAUGAAUACAGAUCGAUCGGACGCGGGACAGCGGUGGCCGUGGCGGCUCGACUGGCCCGAGGAGAUCAUAGGUCGCAGAAGCAGGCGCGAAAGAGGUGCUUUAUGGAACAGUUUGUACCGAUAUCGAAUGCCUGCUCGAAUCUCGAGGGUCCUUGGUCGGAAAACAGCACGGUACCAAGUUCAGGCCGGUACUUACGAUCAACUGGCGCAGCGAAGCAUCGCUGGCGAUACAUCAUCCGGAGAGCGCUUAUCUCUCCCGGAUCUGCUAUCUCGUUGGACCCCCGUCCUAUCGAACAAUGCCGCGCACGAGAUAUACCUUGCUCGCAAGAGAUCGUGGCCGGGCUGCUGUGCAUCGCGACACGCUUUAUGCCAUUGAAAUUUUUCCACGACGCACACGCGAUCCUUAAAGCCGACGAGCAACGGAAUAAAACGAGUAUCGACAGAAAUAAGAAACUCACCCUUCAAAUUUUCAACUUGUUAGGAGAAGAAAGUUUCCGAUACAGAGAGCAAAGUGUUUUGUCAACUAGUGAAUUUAUGGCGGAAUAUUUUAUUCGUAAUUCCACAUUUUCCGAGGCAUUGUAUAAAACAUA